CCCGCGGCCGGCCGCAUGAAGGACUGCGAGUACCAGCAGAUCAGCCCCGGGGCCGCCCCACCGCCCGCCUCCCCCGGGGCGCGCCGCCCCAACCCCGGCCCUGGCCCCGCCGCGCCCCCCGCCCCGGGCCCCGGACCCGCGCCUUCCGUGCCGCGCUGGAGUGGGAGCGGCAGCGGGAGCCUGGGGCGCCGUCCGCGGCGCAAGUGGGAGGUGUUCCCGGGCCGCAACCGCUUCUACUGCGGCGGCCGCCUCAUGCUGGCCGGUCACGGCGGCGUCUUCGCGCUCACGCUGCUGCUCAUCCUCAGCACCACCAUCCUCUUCUUCGUCUUCGACUGUCCCUACCUGGCCAGCAAACUGACCCUCGCCAUCCCCAUCAUCGCUGCCAUCCUCUUCUUCUUUGUCAUAAGCUGCCUGCUGCAGACGAGUUUCACCGACCCCGGGAUCCUGCCCCGGGCCACGGUCUGUGAAGCAGCUGCCCUGGAGAAACAGAUCGACAACACAGGCAGCUCCACAUACCGGCCACCACCUAGGACAAGGGAGGUGAUGAUCAAUGGGGAGAUGGUGAAGUUAAAGUACUGCUUCACAUGCAAGAUGUUUCGACCGCCUCGGACCUCACACUGCAGCGUCUGUGACAACUGUGUGGAACGCUUUGACCAUCACUGUCCCUGGGUGGGGAACUGUGUGGGAAGACGGAACUACCGCUUCUUCUAUGCGUUCAUUCUCUCCCUCUCCUUCCUGACGGCCUUCAUCUUUGCCUGCGUGGUCACUCACCUGACGCUGCGCUCUCAGGGAAGCAACUUCCUCUCCACUCUAAAGGAGACACCAGCGAGUGUGCUGGAGUUGGUGAUAUGCUUCUUCUCCAUCUGGUCCAUCCUGGGCCUCUCAGGGUUUCACACUUACCUCGUCGCCUCCAACCUGACAACUAAUGAAGACAUCAAAGGCUCAUGGUCCAGCAAGAGGGGCAGUGAGGCCUCUGUCAACCCCUACAGCCAUAAAAGUAUUAUCACCAACUGUUGUGCUGUGCUGUGUGGCCCCUUACCUCCCAGUCUCAUUGACCGGAGGGGAUUUGUGCAGUCUGACACCGUGUUGCCCUCGCCUGUCAGAAGCAACGAGGCAGCCUGUGGAGCCAAGCCAGACGCCAGCAUGGUAGGAGGCCACCCCUGAAUGUGGCUCAGCACUUGCCACCUUCUGGCCUGUCUGCCCCUCCGAACUCACCUGCUGCCCUCCACACCUGCUGAGACCCUCCCCAUUCCAUCCGAGGGAAGCAAGGCUGCCAAAGACUCAAGUCUUUUCAUAUUUAUUUCCCACCUGUGUGGCUUUCCCUGAAUGGUUCCAUGGCUGUCCUCUCUGCUCCUCACACCCAGGUUCCCACAGCCUUGGGUCCUAUGUCCCCCUGGACCCUAAUCAGUGGCAGAAGGGACAGGACAGCCAGAGCCUCUGAAGGUCACCAAGGGGACUAUGCCAAGUGUCUGCCUGUGCCAGGGUGAGCUCCGUGUGAGUGAGGGUGUGACCUGAGUGCCAGGCGGGACACUGUCUGGGCCUUGCUGAUCCGGUGAGACAGGACUGCUCACAGGGCUGAGGACCUCGGGCUGGAGAGAUGCCUCAGGCUGCUUUGGCUUGGGGGCUCCUGCACUCUGUUUGUGAUGAUCAUUAUUCUUCUGUUGGAUUUUUGGUGGGUUUGAGGGUUUUGUAUGGAGUUGGCCUGUAGGAUGGAAUCGGGUUAGGGGGCAGUCUGUGUCUGAGGAAGCUGAACCAGCCAGCCAGGCACCCAGAACCUCUGCUCAGAGUCCUGGGCAGCACAGUGAGAAGGGAGGCCGCACCCUCCCCGCCCUUGGAGGCUCUGCAGGGGAUACCAGCCUGUCUCAUCUUUCUCCCGAGGCAGAGCUGAGGAUGGGCAGAUGCUGCUCAUGAUGGCAAUACUUGAAACGGGUUUAUUAAUGCUGGGUAUUUUGCACAAUUUUAUAGACCUCUUUUUUACAUAACCUUUUUUAAAAAGAAGUCAGCCAUGUUGCUAUCUGUGUAGUGCCAGGUAAAGGGUUAUCAGAAGGCUAGUUGGAUUUUAAUAAGUUUAUUACAAGAGACUUUCUGGCUGUGAGUGUGUGAGUGUAUGGUGUGUGUGUGUGUGUGUGUGUGUGUGUGUGUGUGUGUUCACGUGUGUCCCUGUAUGAUGUGGCUGGCUCCCAUAUCCUUUGGGCUGCCCCCUUCCACCAUCCCUGUUGGGGUUCAGGAGCAGCUUGAGUCAUGGGGACAGGGAGCAUGUGCAUCAGUCACAAGAGACCCUUGGGCUCCCACUGAGGCUCAGCCCCCCAGUUUAUCUUUCCUUCCUCCAUGGACUUGAGACAACCAGUAGCUGGACACUCUGCCACCCCAUCCCCCUGCCACCCAGCCCCCAGGUUAGGCUUCCAGCUGGGACCUGUCCAGACAGGCUGAGGCUGGGAGCAGUGGUGGGCUGAUGGCAUUGGGGAACGGCUGCCAUCCUACAAGCCACACCCCCCCCCCGAGCUCUGAGUAUGAGACCCAGGGCUAGGGCCUAAAGGACAAAGUGUUUCUGCCAACUGAGGGGUUUCAUCAAAAGCAAAGGAAGGAAGCAGCAGGGUAGGCUAAGAGACAAGUGAGGGUUGGCCUAAGUCUGGCCAAGAAGCUGGGAACUGUACUUUCUUUUCAAAAUGGAGACUUGUCCCUCUGACCCCCUCGUUGGAACUUCUAGUGGGCUGAUGCCCUUAGAAAGUGACAUAGAAAGUCACCAGGUCUUACCCUUUCUUGCUGCAGAGGCCACUGGGUCCCCACUGGGAGAAAGAGCUCUGGUCCAGCCUCAGGGCCCUGAGCCACCCUACAGUGGCCCUGGGAGGUGGGGGGAAGCUGACUAGUGGGGACUCCCAACUGCCUUUUAUUUAAGCUAGUAUUCUUUGUUCCUGCUUAUAAUAAAACUUCUGUUUUUAAGAGUU